GCUUCCCUCACGACCGCACGUUAAUUAACCUCUCACGCUCCGGUUUUUAUCCCGUUAUUUCCACGGUGUUCAAUUUUUUAAAAAUCAGAAAAGUCCCGUUUGGGGGGUUUCUCCAAGUUUUCACAACGCCCCCUCACCGGCUGUUAUGAAGAAAAACGCGACGGUGGCAAGUUGAUUCCAGCGCGGCUCCAGUUUGAAACAGGUGUACUAACACUGUGAUACUCGUCCCUGUGGCCGGACAGGAUGGCUCUGCAGGCGGUCAAUCUGAGCGUGGCGGAGGUGUCCGCGGGCUGUGCGGAGCAGGGGAACCUCAGCAUGGAAGUUAGCGACUAUAAUAUCAGCUGCAAGAACGGCUCCGUCCUCCCGAGACCGGCCAGAGGAGUCAAAGAGAUGGACUCGUUCCGCAUCCUGCUCUACUCUCUCAUCUUCCUGCUCAGCGUCUUCGGCAACCUGCUGAUCAUCGUGGUCCUGAUGCUGAACAAGCGCAUGCGGACCGUCACCAACUCCUUCCUGCUGUCGCUGGCGGUCAGCGACCUCAUGAUGGCCAUCUUCUGCAUGCCUUUCACCCUCAUCCCCAACAUCCUGGAGGACUUCAUCUUCGGAGCCGCCAUGUGCAAGACCGUCUCAUACUUUAUGGGGAUCUCCGUCAGCAUCUCCACCUUCAGCCUCGUGGCGAUAGCGAUCGAGAGAUACAGCGCUAUCUGCAACCCGCUGAAGUCACGUGCGUGGCAGACCCGAUCCCACGCCUACCGCGUCAUCGCUGCCACCUGGGUGGUCUCACUGCUAAUCAUGGUGCCCUACCCGGUGUUCAGCGUCAUCAGGACUUUCCCCAAGGCCAACAGUACUGUGGGCCACAUGUGCCGCCUGGACUGGCCCAGCGGGGAAGCUGAACAGACCUGGUACGUGCUGCUGCUGUUCGUUCUGUUCUUCAUCCCGGGAGUGGUGAUGAUUGUAGCCUACGGCCUGAUCUCCAGAGAGCUAUACCGAGGCAUGCAGUUUGAGCUGGGCCAGAACAGAGAGACCACCGACAUGGCGAGAUUCUGCUGUUACUUAGCACGGUGUGUGGAAGAAGACCAUAACUCUGUACCAGGCCAGAAGAACGGUGUAGGAAGGGCUUUACCAGGGUCCAAUGAUGAUGACGAUGGUUGCUACAUCCAGGUGUCUAAAAAGCCCUCCUCGGCUGUGGAGCUCCCCACCCUCUCUGCCUCAUCUGGAGCGGUGCAGGCCAAAACUGAGCGCGCCCGCAGCAAUACCUCGGAGGCCAAGCUGCAGGCCAAGAGGAGAGUGAUCCGCAUGCUGAUGGUGAUCGUGGCGCUCUUCUUCAUCUGUUGGAUGCCCCUGUACUCAGCCAACACCUGGAAGGCCUUCGACCUGAAAUCGGCCUCCAAAGCCCUCUCAGGAGCCCCCAUCUCCUUCAUCCACCUGCUGUCCUACACCUCGGCCUGCGUCAACCCCAUCAUUUACUGCUUCAUGAACACGCGCUUCCGCAAGGCCCUGCUGUCCACCUUCGCCUGCUGCUGCCGCAACCGGCUCUGUCGCUGGUGGUGCAAGAGGAAGGAGGGCGGAGAAGACGGCAUCACCGCCACUUCCAUGGCGACGUCCAUGGCCACCUCCAUGUCCAAGUUCAGCUACACCACCGUCAGCACCGCCGGCACCUGCUGAGCCCGGAGGAGAGCCGGGUGACCACGUCGGUGGCUGUCGGUGCAGCGGUUACUGUGUGCAACAUCUGUUUUUUCACCCUUCUGUUUUCCAUGGUAAUAUGCUAUGAGUCAUGCGCUGAGUAACAUCCCUGCCCUCGUUUAUGGGGCCUUUUUAAAAGGUCUCCUUCAAAUUCUGUGUGCAUGGUUGCAGAAUGGGGAGCGGGGAAAAACGGCGUUUCGGUUUGGUGACAUUCUUUUUCUUCUGUGUAAUUGGCAGCAUCCGCUUUGUUGCAUCCUGAAGAGAACAUCAAGUGCCUGUGCUCUUUAUGUGGCUUUGUUUGUCAUGAUAGUUUGUUCACUGGCAGAGAGACAUUUUAGUGAUAAACUACGUUGAAAACAUUAAUUCUGUGUUCUUGUAAAUACUGUCUCUAUGUUCUUACUGUGCCAAAGGUAAUGUUUUGAGUCAUACUGCUGAACAACGAGGGCUCAUUACCUCAGUAAUGAAUCAGUAUGGAUUUCCUUUUGUGUUUAAUGUGGUUUCAUUCAUUCAGGGCAUCUCUCUCUCAGUUAUCAGAAUUAUUCUACUGAAGGCUUCACAGGGACUUUGGGUAUUAUAAUUUCAAAAAUAUUUGAACAUUAAGAAAUUAUUCUUAUUACACCAAGAGAUAUCAAAGGGAACAGAGCUGGUACAGCCUUUUCUGGACCAGCUUCUUGCUUAUUUCUGAGUUAGUGUUUCACUCCUAUUGAGUUAUGUUUCAUCAUUUCCUGUAUGUACAGCAAAUUUUCUGCACAAUCCAAACACCAAAAUUGAUUAAUUCAGGUAUUUUCGUCUUCUUUUUAUUAAAAACAGAAUGUUGUGACCGUUUCGAAGGACCACUUUAUGAAUGAGGCUGAUAAGGAAAGUGCAUCUUUACAUAAACAUCUUAAAGAUAAACAUUUAAGGACUGUGACUUGCUGUUAUAUCUUGGUAUGUGUAAAUGAAAAAGUCUGGUGUUCAGGAUAAGGCAAUUCUCUCGUGUAGAUCCAGCGAGCAGCAUAACAAACUGGGAUCAAUCAGGCUUGGUCAUGGAACUUAAGUCUCUUGCUACCACUUCUCCCAGUGUAUGUUGAAUACUGAUGCAGACAUUAAAAGCAGGAUGUGAAUUAUAAGAGAAAGUGCAAAUUGUUCACCCAUGAAAAAGCUUCACCUGUUGCUAGCUCCUGACUGCCCUCUCUUACAAAUGGCACAGAAAAGAGCUUUAGUCAAACUCACCUUUUUUGCUCAAUUAUCUCUGUGGUUUCUUUUAUGCACUUUCUCUGCCUUCCGCUGCAGUGCUGCCAAUUACUCUGAGCAUUACCUAAGUACAUGGACUCCGUUUCCAGGUUGAGACUAACGAGGUGUUUCUCAGGGACCCUCUCCUCUCCUGCAGAGCAAAUCUCGUGGCUUUGCCUUUAUAAAACCGACGACAAGUGGCUCGGCUGACGUGCCACAUUUAAACCCUUCAAUUCAUUAUUAAUAUAGACAAGAAACUUCAUUUAAAAUUGCCUCUUUCAUUCAAAUUAUUGAGUUCAAAAGGAAAAACAAAUACAAAGGAAUGUUAAUAGACGCGAGGGGAAUAAGAAUAAAGAACAGUAUUGGGAAAUGAGAGACUGUGUUUGGAAAAAUAAUAUUUACACUUUGGGGGCAAAUAAGGGUAGUCAUUUUCUUGCUGGGAGCUAAAAGAGAAGAUUGAUACCGUUCUUUACUGUUUCUUAAUCAUGGUGUGUGCACAAUCAUCUGUCAACGUGAAAAUUAAUUGCUAAUUGCAUACUGAGAGUUGUGAAUGUGUACAAGAAUCUGCAAAUGUGCAACAAACAAUUUAAUCUUCAAGAAGAGAAAGAUGCUUUGGCCUUACAUGAAGUUGUGGUGAUGUUAUACUGUAAGUUUCAGCUGCUCGUGCUGCUGAUGGAACCCUGCUAAUUUAUAGUCUGCCAGACAGAAACCUCUCUGUGACUCCACGCUACUGACAUGAUGGAGCAACAACAUUCUCAGCUAAUUGUUAAUUAAAAGUUAAUUGUUCCAUUUAGCUUGAUGAAUAACGUUGCUUAGUGAAGCAUAUAAGCUUGGCUAUACAACUGCUGCAAAGAAAAUCAGGGUUUCAUCGUACUGUUACUUGCAUCGUCCCCAUUAACAGCCACCAUCUCUACCCGUUUACAGAUUAAUGCCACGGUAGAAAUGUAGCAAAAAUAAUGCGUAAAGACAUCCUCUUGAGAUGCUGGCCUGAGCUGUAAUUAAUGACACAUUUGGCUACACAUUUACAAAACUCACUACCCUACCAAAUCUGAAUAGAGAUUAUGAAUACACAUUUGCUGAUUCCUUUACACAUUCACAAAAGAUAAUUAUCUUUAUAGUCAAUAUAAAGAUAUAUACACCCCUGCAAAAUGAUCAGUUUUGCUGGUUUUACUAGUUAUAGCUAUGUGUUUGAGUAAAAUGAACAUUUUUGUUUCAGACAACAUUUCUCUCAAAUUUAAAAUUAAAAUAUUGCCAUUUAGAGCAUUUAUUGGCAGGAAAUGAUAACUGGUCAAAAUAACAACAAAAAAAAGAUGCAGUGUUUUCAGACCUCAAAUAAUGCAAAGAAAACAUGUUCAUAUUCAUUUUUAAACAACACAACACUAAUAUUUUAACUUAGGAAGAGUUAAGAAACCAUUAUUGGUGGGAUAAUCUCAAUCUUUAAUCACAGCAGUGGUUUUUAUAAUCUUCCUCAUAAAAUCAGAUUUGGUUCAGGUGAUCAGCUGAUCAGUGUCUCAUUCAGUAGAAUGAGGAGCUUGUGUUGGAUUUGGACAAACACUGGAAUGGACUGGCUGCCAUAGAUGUAUAGAUGCUGAUUUAAGAAACAUUUGUGAGAGUGGUCUCUUAAUUUUUUCCAGAGCUGUAUAUGUCUUUAGUUCUGCUACAAUAGUGUAUGCUAAAUAUAAAGCAAUUGCCAUCUGCUGGUUUGUUAUAUUUGCAUAAAGACUUAUUACCUAUUGU